AUGUCGCGCUCGCCGACCCCCCAACCUGCAAAAACGACGGUGGAUCGGCAAUCCACCACACCUUUCCUGCUGAACUUUUGCUACCGAUCCUCCGCCUUUCACAGCCUGACCGACUUCCCUAUCCCGACCCCCUCAAACCCGCACCCUCACCUACCUGCCCAUCUGCAAAUCUACACGUGGAUGAGCUGUACGUUGAGAGAACUCGCGCUCCUGUUGACGCAGGCCCUGCCGCAAAUCUUACCCGACCCGGCCGUGGGGACGAGGUUGAGCUUCAGACUGGUCUACCCGGACGUCCACGCCAGUCGGGGUGGUGGUGGGAGACUAGAAAGCGAAGGGAGAGGAAGAUACUUGAGCAAAGAGAUCGGCAGUGUGGUGGUCUCGGUGCCAGAAUAUUCCAAUGGUGGUGGUGACGGGCGUCGCGGUGGCGGCGCUGUCCAGCUCGAAGGAGAUGACGCAGACAAGACUCUGGAAGAUGCACGGUUUGUCAUAGGAGACUUUAUCGAUUGUGCCGUCUUUCCUCCGCUGAGCGAUGGCACCGUUGUGUCUCGGGGAAGCGUCGGCGGCAGAGGAGGCUCCAGAGAGAAUGGCUACGGAAGAGUGCGAGGCGGGUACGGCCAGAGCAGCAGGGGCAGCUUUAACGGCUACGGAUCAAGAGGUGACUUUUCUGGCUCAGGGCAUAUACCAAGCGGUGAGUGGAGGCGAGGAGAACGGCUUCCUGACUCUGGUGGCUACCGAGGCGGAAGGGGUGCUAGGAGAGGCUAUUGA